GUGAGGGUAGACCGCAGGCAGCUCAUAUUUCUAAGGAGCCAAAAGGCUCCUUUUGGGGGCAUCUUUCAACAUCUGCCUGACAUACAGUAAAUCCUCACCAUUCAUUAAGUGAAUGCGUGAACAUGAGUGUCCCCUAGCCAGGGUGGUGGAGCCUGCCUAUUCAGAGGCAGUGGGUGCCUGGCCUGACUAUAAAUGGUCCGGUGAGUGUCUGCACGGAGCUGCCCGUCCAGAGGCAAGAGGAAUGUUAAAUGUCACAAUAGCCAGGGGCCUGACCUGUUGCAGGUGCUCAGUGACUGUAGAUGAGGAAACAGGGGUUUCAGGAGCUUUGACUUCCUGAAGCCAGGUCCCAUCGUGAGGCAGCGUGGCAUGGGGAUCGAGAUCCCAGACUGCAGCCACACUGUCUGGGUUUGAACUCGGAUCUCACCUCUCGCAGGCUGUGUGACUGUGGACCACAUACCUAACUUGCCUGUGCUUUGGUUUACUCAUUGGUAAAAUGGGUAAAAUGCGGGAAACCAACCGAACUGAGUCUCGCGUGCAGGGCAUGCUGCGUGACCUUUGGUUAUUACCACUGUUAUUCUUGCUAAUGUUGGCGUGGAGGGAGAGAGUGGGGCAGGGUCUCCGUGGCAGGGAUGAAUGCAGCUGACAGAGGAGGAUGGGAGAGCGCAAGAGAUAGACAAGGCUCCUCUGGAGGUGCCUUCUGAGCAGCCUCUGACAGCACACGUGGGGCUGCCUCUGCUGUGGCCAGCUGAGCUGAGCUGAGCUGAGCUGAGCUGAGCUGAGCUGAGCCGAGCCGAGCCGACCGUGGGAGCGGAGGCAGCGGCCAGGCCUGGAUUCCAGGCUGGAGCCCUAGGAGAGCAGGGGCCAGCUCGGGGGUGGGGGAGGAGAGGUGAGCAGAGAGGAGGCCAGGACUCUCCCAAGUCCCCAGCUGGGACCCCAAGAAUUCCUCACAUCUUCUCUUGCCAGAGGGCCUGGCCUUUUAGUUCCAGGGCCUCCAGAAGGCCUGUGGUUCAUCUCCCCACCUCCUUGUGUUCUGCUCCUAAAGCCCCUUCACUGUUAGGAAGUGAUCGCUCUGCAGUAACCACUGUAUGGUUGCACAUCCUUCCCUCCCUCUCUGUACUGCCUUCCCAUCUCCCAUCUCCAGUGCCGUGGGAUUAGCAGAUGUUUUGCAACAGGAGGGUGUGAGGGUACACUUCAGGGGCCUGCCCUGACUCAGGGCCGGGGCAAGGGGCUCGCAGUGCAGUGGAGAGAUUGGCGGCAAGGGGUCAAGUGGUCUGUUUUAAGUGCCCCUUUGGCACUGUGUGCCCUUCGGCAAAUCACUUCCCCUCUCUGGGCUUCAGUUUCCUCAUUGGCGAGAUGAGUUAGGAGAGUCCUCUCUUUCUGUGCUGAAUUUCUAAAAGUCCAUGGAUCUUCCUGAACAGAAGCUUCUGUUUUGGGGGCCUUUGGAGGAGCCAUCCAGCCUGAAGUGGGGGCCCUGGAAGGCCUUUUGGCACCUUCUGGGAAGCCAGCUAAAAUGCUGGGAGGUCCCUUCUAGCCCUGGGACUGGAAGGUUCUUUGCCCAGUGACCACUCUCCUCCAGGUGGCUCCGUUUCUUGGAACAGAGUUUAGGGUAACAGCUGUCAGGGUUGAGCUGGCCAGAGUCUCUGGGUCUCAGUGACUCAGGUGGGGGUGCGCUGGCAGGAUGGGAGCUGGCGAAGCCAGGGAGGGAGCUGGACAGAUCUUCUGGCUCCCCCUUGGCUACUCUCAGGGAACAGAGUGGGAGUAAGUAAUGUGCUGCGGGACGGGGAACAGAGAAGAGUGAGUAAUGGCUGUGAGUAAUGCCUCAGUGUCUCUGCUGGGCAGGUGGCUCCUAGACUGUGCAGAGCUGUCUGAGGCUCCGGAAAUUUUCCCGAGUCCUAGCCACUGAAUCAUGGCAGCCUGAGCACCGCCGUCCCUGCCCUCCUUAAGAGCUGGGGGUCCAGGCCCCACGCCCUCUCUGCCUCUCUGUGCCUCUCCGAGUGAGCCCCUCCUGCCAUCUAUACCUCCACCCCCACUGGGUCCCGUAGCUGCUAUAUCUUGUCUUCUAAGCACCUGGAGGACUUGGCUUGCCUGAAGGAGUAUAGAUUUUGCAGUCUGGCUGUCCUGGAUUUGAGUCCCAGACCAGCCGCUGCAGCUGUGUGACCUGGGACGACUUCCUUUCGUUUGCUGAGUUUCUGUGGCCUUGUAUGAAAGGGUUACAUGUGAUACUGUGUCUGAAGUACAUAGUACAUAGUAGGUAUUCAAAAAAUAUGGUCCUCUCACGAGUCCUAAAUGCUGUUUUGACUUUCCUCACUACCUUCACCCCUAAAAUUCCUGCUCCAAGUCUGCAUCCCAUAAUUUUCAGGAGGCUUAUCCACUAUCAGAUCCACCCCAUGGUUUGUACACUUGCCCUCCGGUGUCUGACACCUGCUACCCAGCUUCCAUUAUUGUGCCCUAGUCCUCACCUGCUCUUCCAGAAGGAUGGGCAGGGCUCAGGUGGGGAAUUUGUCACUUGCCCAGUCCAAGGGGAAUUUGUCGCUUGCCCAGCCAUAGUUGGUGGGCAGGCUCCUGUGGGUGCUAUGAAAGAGCUCCCUCAGACAUCUGGAAAAGCUUCCAGACUUGUAUCCCCAAGUUCUACUGGUUCAUGCUGUCCCUUCCUCCACUCUGCCCAUGUGGGUUGCUUCUCCCUUGGGAGCGUCCUGAAAAUCCGCUGUGCUCAGGGCCACACAGACUGCCCCUGCCAGUGGGUGUGUUGGUGGUGCUGCUGCUGUGUUCCUGUCUGUGUAGCUCUGCUUGGGGUGGGGCCGGGAGCACCAGGCAGUGACUUUGCAUCUGGACCUGGCAGUGGUCCUGCUGUUUUGCACUCUGUGUGUGCCUUGGGGCGUCUGAGCUGUGCUUAUGCACCUUGGCAGUAUCUCUGGGUCACUGUGUCUCUAUCUGGUGUGAGCUCUCUCUCCUGUCCAUUUAAAAUCUGCCUGCGUUUUCAGAGCCAGAUAGAGCCAGGUCUUCCGCUGCCCCUCCCUCUACCCCCCUUCCCUCCAGACCUGGUUUCAGUUGCAUGCAUCUUGGAGGUCCUCCCGGGGAACAAGGAAACAUUGCAGGGGGCUGGAUAUGCGUCAGAUGGAGCUGAACAAUGCCGGUGACAGCCAGGCCUCUGCUAGCCCUCAUUGCUGGCUUCCCUUCCAGUCUCUGCUGCUGGCUAAUUGGGAGUAAGAGAGGGCUUCCUGUGACUGGGCCACAGAUGGAUUUAAAGGAGCAACAAGGAGCUGGACGGCUCUGCCCUGGGGACCUCCGGCUUCCGGGGCUCCUGGUGCAGUCCAUCAGAGCAGAUGGGGUUCCAGAACACCAGCCCUUGACUUGUGCUAAUUGUGCGGAAAGAUCACACUCACUCCUCCUGUCGCUGCCAUCUGGGGCCCAGGAGUUGUCCACAUAAGUGAAUUUUCAGAUAAACGAAGCUUAGGCCAUGUAAGAAGCUCAGAAAAAUAAAAGGUGGAUUUUUUAUUUCCUCGAUGGAAAUCUGUUUUGUUUUAUGCUGUCCUAAGCUCUGAUGUAACGGUAGAUGGGAACUUAGAAAUCAACUACCUCCUCGUCUUCUAUUAUCGUUCCUCAGUUCCUUCUCCUGUAAAGUGAGUGUAAGAGAAGAACCUACCUCACAGGGUUGAAGUGAGAAUCAGACAAAUAGAGACGUGUGAAAUGCUCAGAACAGAGCCUGGCACUUAGUACCCACCGUGCGAUUCGCUGCUCUGUAAAUGAGGACGCUGAGGCACAGAGAAGGGUAAGGCGAGCAGCCGGCUCAGGGAGAAGGGAGCUAGCAUUUCCUAAGCAUGUGCUGUGUUCCAGGGGUUUUGACUUGUGUCAUUUCAGCCAACUUUAUUUAGUUCUCCGACCACUCUUCAAAGGUGGUCUUUUUACCUCCAUUUUACAGAUGAAGAAACUGAGACUGGGGAAGGUUCAGUGGGGUCUCAACAGCCGGUCUGUGGCCAAGCGCUAUUUGAGCCCCUGCCUGACCACCAGUCUAGGGCUUUGUCCAUCCCGCCUCUCGCCCUUUGGUUGGAAACUCAUGGCCUCUCAGUGAGUUCGGGAAUUUGGAAAUGAGGAUCCAUAAACGAAAGGUGUUAGGAUUUGUCAGAACGGAACUUGCUCCCAGCUUCUGGGUUCUGAUUAGAUCCAGAGAGGUAUGGAGUCGGGUGAUGAGGCAAAAUGACCUUCAGGAGUCCAGGGAACAUAAACGCCACAGAUGGGUGUCAAGGAUGUAGAAUUCUCUCCUGGGUAAAAUGAGGUUGAGUUAGAUUUUCAUCCUAUUCUUUCUUUUGACCAGCCUUAAAUCUUUGAAAAAAGGAGGUAGGUAGACAUUGGGAAGGGCUUCUGAUGGUCAGCAGCAUUGGGCAGCGAUGUGCGCAUCUUAGAGAGCUUGGAGAACCAACAAAAAUUCAAGGUGUCCCCUGAAAUGUGAGCUGACUUUUUUUUUUUUUUUUACAUUUUAAUGUUUCUGAAAUUGAAAUGCAUCUUAAAAUUGAAGUGUACAUUUCGGGUAGCAUUUCCCCACCUCGAAAGCUUUUAGCCAAUCUGUGGUGCCUCAGACAAGCAAUGGUGUCUUUGAGAUCCAGAAACAGGGCAGUGAACACCAGCAGUUUGCAAAGCACCGACAUGUAUGAAAGGGAGAGUCCCGUAGCCCAUUGUCACAUCCGGCAAGCAGACUCUUUAAGAAGGCAAGGGAACUCUCCGAGAUCCAUGUGGCCCCCAGACCAGGAGCUCUCCAUCCGGGGGCCAGGCUCAGCACCUCCUCUCUCCCCCCACCUCCUCUCAUGCCUCCUCAGCAGCUCCCGAGCCCUUUGCCUUCUUGGGUUUCCCCUUGUGCUUAGAUUUUUUUUCCCAGGCAUCCUUCCUGCCCUACUGUUAUAGCAAAGCUUAGGGUCAAAGACUUUUGUCCCUUAAGGUUCUUAUCUAGGGACAGAGCCCUCAGUGGGGAGUGGAGGGGGUGGGAUGGGCAUUCUCCCACUGGGUAUAAUUUCUGGAAAAACAGAUGGACUUGAAUCUCAGAGAAAUAAUAGCCCUCUUCAUACCUCCAUUACAGCAGUUACUGGGCUCUUUUAUAAUCCUCUGUCGACAUGCCUGCCUCCUCCACUGGGCCACAAGUGCCCCUCCUGAGCUGGGCCAUACUUAUCUGCCUCUGUCUCCCUAGCUGGGAACCUGGCAUCAAGGGCCCCUCACUUGGUGUUGCUAAAUAAAUGCAUGGCCUUUUUCCGCAUGACUGUCACCUCCCCCUGUCCCCUGUUCCGCUAGAACCAUGACCACAGACCACAGCCCUUUCUUUGACCAGAUCCUUUUAGGAACUUCCUAGAAGCUUUGUCGCCUGUGCUGGAGGCCAUGUCACCCAACCCUCUGCUUCAGAGCCAAUGGCCCUUCUCCAGGCAGGAAGAAGAGCUGGGAUUUCCCCUGCUCUUCGGAUCUCAGGAGAAGGCAGCUCUGAGAUCUACAUGUCAAACUGCCUGUCUACUUAUGUAAUAGAGGCCCUGCUUCCUCUGAGUCCUCCAGGCUGGGCCCCUCAGUGAUGUGCAGCUUCUUCUCCAUCUUACAUCCCCUAAAGCUCUCUUGGUAAACUCUUGCCUCUGCUUCCAGCCCCAGCCCAGAUCCUUUUCACGUAUCGCUUAGAUGGCAGCUGCCUAUUCCAGGCUGGCCUCCCGGCUUCCAGCCCUGCUUCUCGCCCAGGCCCUCUCUCAUUGGCUCUGGUGACAUCGGGCCCUGGACAUUUGCCUCAGCCUGGUCCUCUAGGCCGUGCACAGUGCGGCCAUGAAUUACCGUUCGGAUCCACGUUCUUCAUUUUGUUGUGUGCGCCCUGGGCUCAGCUGACUGGUCUCGUCUCUGUUUUCCCACCCCGAUAUCUCUCCAGUCCACCCACCUCAGCGGCC